UAAAAAACCACGCGGAAAGCACAACAAACACAGCGGCGCCACCACCACCGCUAAUCCCAUCCUGGCUCCUCGGUAACUUUUCGUCCCGCUCCUGCCCUACCCUACCAUACCCCGCUUUAUAAACCGCCCGCACCCCCUCCUUUGACCUCCACAUCGGCUCGCCGUCCUUGACAUUCCUCCUCCCCCGCCGCCUUUCUCCGUCCUCCCGUCCGGCAGAUAAUAUACUCUGCCACAAGGCCGGCCGACGAGCGGAGCCCAGUACUUGGCCAGAUAGAUAUAGAGAGCCAUCAACCUCUACGUCUCGCGCAUAAUUAUAUCUUCACCCAGCGGCAAUUGCUGUCCUCGCCUCGCCCUAUAAUAAUCCGGUAGGGGGUUGUUCCCUCCACGCUUGCUGUUCGUGGGCGGAAAUGGCGGACGAGUUCGACGCCGCGGCCGCCGGCUUCUGGCUCCCGGACGAGUUCCUCGACGACGACUUCUUCGCCGACGAGAAGGCCGCGGCCGCCGCCGCCGCCGCCGCCAGGAGCGACAGCGACGAGGAGGACGCGCUCGGCGCCGGGCUCUCCCGCCGCAUGGCCGGCCUCGACUGCGACGGCGCCAUUGCUAACAAGGGGGAGGUCGUGGCCGGGUCUCCGCAGUCCACGCUCUGCGGCCUGCACGCCUCCGGGGAGGACAGCCCCACCGGCGCCGCCUCGCAGGUCAGCUCCCCGCCCUCGUCCCCGCUCGACAAGCAGCCCGCCGACGCGUGGGACCUGCUGCACGAGGCCGCCGGCCAGGUCGCCCGCCUGCCGCCCACCACCGGCAGCAUCCCCGUGCCCAAGCCCAACGCCGCCGUCGCGCCGCCGCCGCCGAAGCACGCCGCGCCGCUGCUCCCGGCCCCGAAGCCCGCCGCCGGCAACAACUACCAGUACACCUCGCACGCCCAGCGCCAGGCGCAAAUCGCUCGCUUCCACCUCCUGAAGCAGCAGCAGGUGAUGAAGCACCAGCAGCUGGCCAUGGCCAUGGCGUGGGGCGGCGGCCCCGCCACCGACUACUCGCCGCUCGGCCUGGGCCCCUCCGCCUGGCCGCCGCUGCAGAAGCAGGCCCCGAACCAGCAGCCCGCGCCACCCGCCUCCAACAACGCCGGCAUGCGCGCCGUGUUCCUCACCCCGCCCGGCGCCAAGCGCGAGUGCGCCGGCACCGGCGUCUUCAUCCCGCGCCAGGCCGGCGCGCCCGCCGAGCCCAGGAAGAAACAAGGCUGCUCCUCGGUUCUCCUCCCGGCGCGCGUCGUCCAGGCGCUCAACCUCAAUGUCGAGGACCUCGGCGCGCGGCCCUGCUACCCCGGCGGCUUCGUCGUAGAUCACGAGGCACUGGUGAACCGGAGCAACGCGAUGCAGGCGAGCCAGAAGCGCGAGCAGAACAAUGUCAACGCUACAUCAUCAGCGGCGGCCGCGGCGCACUCGCCGCCGCUCGCCGUGGCCUGCGAGGUCAAUCUGCCACAGGAGUGGACGUACUGA